UCACCACGAGCUCUGCGCAUGCGCAAACGCUGCCGGGAAGGGGGGUGUGGCCUUCUCCGGGCGCUCAUUUCCGGUUCCGGUUGUUUGGGCGAAGGAGGCGCGCGAGGCCCCGCGUGGAGGGAGAGAAUGAGGCCUGGGUUCAGCCCCCGGGGGGGGCGCGGCGGCCGCGGCGGCUUCCGGGGGGGACGAGGCGGCACCCCGGGCCGGGGGGGACCCCGGGGGGGUCCCGGGGGCUCUCGUGGCCGCGGUGGCUCCGGACGCGGCGGUCGCGGCGGUCGCGGCGGCUUCCGGGGAGGGCGGAAAGUCACCGUAGAGCCGCACCGCCACGAAGGAGUGUUCAUCUGUCGGGGGAAGGAGGACGCAUUGGUGACGCGAAACCUGGUGCCGGGGGAGUCGGUGUAUGGCGAGAAACGCAUCAGCGUGGAGGACGGUGACACCAAAGUGGAGUAUCGCGCUUGGAACCCCUUUCGGUCCAAGUUGGCCGCCGCCAUCUUGGGAGGCAUCGAUCAAAUCCAUAUCCGUCCCGGAGCGAAGGUCCUCUAUUUGGGCGCCGCUUCGGGGACAACCGUGUCCCACGUCUCCGAUAUCGUCGGUCCGGAGGGUUUGGUUUACGCCGUUGAGUUCUCCCACCGCUCCGGACGGGACCUCAUCAACGUGGCCAAGAAGAGGACCAACGUCAUUCCGGUCAUCGAAGACGCUCGUCACCCUCACAAGUACCGCAUGUUGAUCGGGAUGGUGGACGUCAUCUUUGCGGAUGUGGCUCAGCCGGAUCAGACGCGGAUUGUGGCCCUCAACGCUCACAGUUUCCUACGCAACGGUGGCCAUUUUGUCAUCUCCAUUAAGGCCAACUGUAUCGACUCGACGGCGCCGGCCGAGGCCGUGUUCGCCGGUGAGGUUCGCAAGAUGGCCGGAGAGCGCCUGCGGCCGCAGGAGCAGCUCACGCUGGAGCCCUACGAGAGGGACCACGCCGUCGUCGUCGGCGUCUACCGAGCCCCUCCCAAGCAGAAGUGACCGCCCCCCCUUCUUAAUUAAAACGUUAUUAAUUAACCACUUGCUG